AAUUGGAAUUAUUCUCCAGCAGUUCUCUUAUUAUACAUUUAUCAAUUUUUGAUUUAUUUGCAAAAUUGUUAAUCUAACCACAAAAAUAAAAUACAAUAUAUAAUUUCAUAUAAUUUAGAGACAGAAAUUUAACAAGUGUUUCCAAUACAAUAAUUUCCACAGCUACUAAGCUCAAUUAUAAUAAGCAUAUAUAACUAAAUAUUGGAAAUUUAUUAAUAAUAAAAGAGUGAAAGAUAAAAUCUAUUUAGCCAGACAACUUUCCAGUCAGAGAGCAAUAAAUAACUUAAGGAAAACGUAUAAUUAUUAUUUUGUUAUGUGUAUAACAAUAAAAGUUUAAAAUAAAUACUUGAGUAGAAAUAAAGAAAAGUUGGCGGUUAGUAACCACAAGAGUAAAGAAGCUGUAACUAAGCUAAGGCCUGAGUAAAUUUGCAUAUGAAAAUGCUUCCGCGGCAGCAAACCGCACAGCAACAGCAAACACAAUGUAAAAAUUUGGAUUUUCGCAAACGCCAAAUAGAUACACUUAAAGUAUUCAACGACAAUGUUGUCGAAGUGACAGAACAAGAAGAGUAUUGUAUACAUUUCGAAACUAGUGGACGUACAUUAGUACUUACAGUUCAACUCGGUGUGAAUUUUCCCAAUGAGCGACCCAAAAUAGUUAUAUCACCAACUGUACAGCAUCAUUGGGUUAAUGCGGCGACGGGUGAAGUUGAAACGGCGCCUGGAUUACUCAAUUACUCUCCACAUUCUGAUCUGGGCCGCGUUGUGCAGGCCAUUAUACGCGAAUUCGAGCGCUUUCCACCACCCAUUGUAAAUUCCGGUAGCCCCAUUAAUAUACCAACGCGCGCGGUCAACGCCAACGCCACUGCUACGCCAACAUCAAUUGCCGCAAAAUCAUUAGAUAGCAGUAACGAGAAUUCACCAUUGGAUUCGUCAAAAUCAUGUAAACUCAAUGAAAGCAGUUUGCCAAACCUAUCUACAUUGUCGCUAGAUGAAUUGAAGCAGCUCGACAGUGAUCCGCAAUUUUUCGAUGAUUUCAUUGAAGAGAUGUCUGUGGUGCAGCAUUUGAACGAAGAACUUGACUCGAUGAUCAAUCAAGUGGAGAUAAUAUCACGUGAGAAUGAAUCUAAAGAAACGCAUUUGGUCGAAUUAAAACGAAAACUAAGUGACGAUGUUACAGCGCUUAAAAAUCUCGGUGAAAAGUGUGAUCAACUGAACAAGAAGUACUUAAAGAAGUCAGAGGAAUACGCACCGCAACACAUACGCGAAUUGCUGCAAAUCGCCGCCUCAAAUGCGGACAGCGAAUGUGAUCGACACGUAGAGCAAUUUCUGAACGGUAAAAUCGAUGUGCAAACAUUUCUAAAUAACUACACGCAUUCGAAGAAAGUCAGUGCCGAGCGUAAGGCCAAGGAGGAACGCUUGGGGCAUCAGCUGACGGCAUUGGAGCGCGCCGCUAUGUAAGCGAUGCACAUUUGUAUUAAACAUGUACUUGCCUGCAAGUGAUUUAGCUUUUAUAAGGCAUAUGGCAGUUAUACAAGUAUAGCAAUUAUGAAUCUUGCGCAAACAAUUUAAAGUUAUCAGCGCGAAAUUGCUUUAAUUUAUAGCUACGAUUUUUGACCAAAUGACCUGCAUAUAAAUUUGGUCCUAUUGUAUUUGGUGUCAAGUAAUGUCAUUAGUAAAACGUCAAAGUGCGUGGUGGUGUCCAACUCAUGUAAACAAAAGCAAAAAAAAAAAAAUUAAUU